AUGGUUUCAAAAACCACGCGAGCUGCUACUGCAGCAGCAAGAAGAGCGGCUGCACGCAUGCGUGCGACCGCGGAAAUUGCCUUUCACACCUCGGCAGCAGGCGAUGCGUCGCCUGUUGUCGUGAAUCCUCCACGUGGUGAGUCACCACGUGCGACCGGUACAUCCGCUGCGUCUGCAGCGGGUACAGCGAGUCGCAAUCAAGACGAGUCUGAGAUAGAGCUCAUCUAA